AUGACUGACUGGAAUCCCUCACACUCUCUUGGACAUUCUCUUUGGUGGGGCUCAGAUAAUGAGCAUUUUCUGUGGAUGCGACGUCAUGGGGCCAACGUAACAACGACUGAUGUACUACCAGCUGAUAUGGAACCUUUAAUAAGGGAAUACUGGAAACAGUUUCGAGUGCUAAGUCCAGAAUGGUUUUUUGCAUUAGGCAUUUGCAUAACAGCCUUAGGAUUGAUUUCUUUAACAGGAAAUUCAGUGGUGAUUUAUAUAUUUCUUACAACGAAAUCAUUACGAACACCGUCCAACUUGCUUGUGGUUAAUUUGGCUUUUUCAGACUUCAUGAUGAUGUUUACAAUGAUGCCAAUGAUGAGUGUCUGUUGCUUUUCCCAGAGCUGGAUUUUUGGACCAUUAGCCUGUGGGAUAUAUGGAGCCUUUGGCUCUGGGUUUGGUUCAAUAUCCAUCAUAAGCAUGAUGGCCAUUGCAAUAGAUCGUUACCGAGUUAUCGUGAAAGGACUGUCAGGGGAGAGACUCACGUAUAGAGAAGCAGUUCUUUGGAUUUGUAUAAUUUGGAUCUUUGUCGGCCUCUGGACGGCAGCUCCUUUCUUCGGCUGGAACUCUUACGUUCCAGAAGGGAAUCUUACAAGUUGUUCCAUUGACAUGGUGAGCAACGACUGGAAUUCUCGGUCUUAUGUGAUUGCCUACGGAACAAGUGUGUAUUUAUUGCCCUUGUUGUUCCUUAGCUAUACAUAUUUCUACAUUGUGAAGACAGUUGUAGAGCACGAAUAUUUACUUCGAAAGCAAGCUCGUCGCAUGAAUGUUGACCGACUCAAACCAAAACAACCUGGAAUAUCAGUAGAAGCUAAAAUAUCCUUAGUGGCCCUUAUGACAGUUGUGCUGUGGUUUGUUGCUUGGACACCAUAUGCUGCCUUAGCCAUUCUAGGAUCUCUUACAAAUGGAAAACUGGUCACUCCGUUAAUAAGCAUCUGGGGAGCAGUCUUUGCGAAAGCUGGUUCCUGUUACAACCCUAUAGUGUACGCAAUCAGUCACCCUAAAUACCAAGAAGCGCUUCGUAAAAGACUGCCUAGACUGUACAAGUUUUUUUCGUGUACGUCUUCUAAGCCUUUGGAGAAAGUUGAAAAUCAGGAAAAUCAACAUGAGUCAACAACGAUCGAGAAAAUAAUUUCUCCGGAAUCAUCUCCCUGA